GGAGUUAACGGCGGGAAAAGACCUUGCACAAAGCGUUUCUGGUCUUUCACUGCUGCAGGAUGUUACUGGUCAUUUGGUACGGGCGAGUGAUUGGCGUGCCUCGCAUUCGGGCUUCGAAAGAGAAAACUUGGAGAGAACAAGUCGUCUCAGCCAAUCAUUGCAAGUAUCCCUGUCCAACACCUCCCUUUGAGAUAUAUCAGGGCGAUCCAGAGGUUCACUGUGCACCCCUUCACAGCGCCAGCAAUGUCGGGCGUCACGGAAAUGCACCAGGGUUCGGUCAUCAUCAUAGGCGCAGGCGUCUUUGGAGCCUCAACCGCCCUUCACCUUUCUCGCCGGCACCCUUCGUACACUAUAACGGUAUUCGACUGUUCGCCCUUCCCAUCUCCUAGGGCAGCUUCUUCAGAUAUCAACAAAAUUGUCCGGGCCGCUUACUCCGACCUCAGUUUGUGUCGUCUAGCGGCCAGAAGCCACGAGAUCUGGAGAAAUGAUUCUCUGUUCAGCAAAUUCUACCAUGAGGCUGGCAUGCUCUCCAUCCGGCCCUACAAAGGUGGAGCAAGAGCAAUCCUGGAGAACUUCAAGCGCUUAGGCAUCAACCAAGAAGCGAGAAUUGUAACUCCAGAAGAUGUCCGACAGAGAUUCAAUGGGAUUUUCAAGGAAGCCAACUUCAACACGGUCGAGGAGUUUCUGUGGGAACCCAAUGCUGGUUGGGCAGAAGCAGCCAGGGCGCUCGCUGCCACGAUGCAGGCUGCAAUUGAUAAUGGCGUCAAGUACGUCACUAAUGGUGUCUCGAAACUCCUUGUCACUGCUGGUCAUUGUCAUGGAGUCGAGCUCGUCGAUGGCAGCAAACAUCACGCACAGAAAGUCUUGCUGUGUGCUGGAGCGGACACUGCUCGAAUCCUCGCCGAGAGUUCGCCGGAUGACUCUGGUCUGCACGCCGGUCCUCGUUUUGUUGCUGGCGCCAUCAUUGAAGCAAAGGUGAGGUUGAGUCCAGACCAAAUGGAGACAUACAAGAGCACGCCAGCUGUGCUAUGGGAUGCUGACCCGGCCAGAGGAGAGACUAUGCCGCCGACGUUGGAUGGCUACUUGAAGUUCAUUCGAGACAUUCCUCUUGCUAACACUGUUCUCCAUCCUGCCUCGAACACCAAGAUCUCGGUAGCACCGGACAAUGCUGAGGGCACUGAAUGGACUGCACCUGAGAACAUUCCAGUACUCCUGCGCGAGGAGAUGAAGACGGUGAUUGCUGGUAUUUUCGGUGUCGACGCCGCUGCGGAGCUACAGCCCGAGCAGUUGCGAUUAUGUUGGGAACCCCUAGCCCCGGACGAGGCCUGGUUCGUCACACCUCAUACGCGGUGCCAGAACCUUUACAUUGCCACGGCCGGCUCUGGACAUGCCUGGAAGUUCCUGCCCAUACUAGGCGAAUUCACGGUGCGCAUGAUGCUGGAUCCAAAAGGGUGGGAAGCCGAUGAGCUUGCUAAGGCAUGGGCAUGGGAUCGUGAGCUUGUAGAUAGUCCAGAUGAGGAUGUCAUUCCGCGAAGACAGCUGGCCAAUAUGAGAUAGAUUCAGU